AUGGAUUCUAAGUUAAAGAAAGAGAAGCAUUGGAAAUUUUUAAAGAGACACCUAAAUCUUCUCCCAUCGUCACAUCAAAAGCAAGAUCCAAAUAGAUUAGCACUAGUAUUCUAUUCUAUCUUGGGUCUUUCAGCAUUAGAAUAUGAUAAAAUUGAUGGAUAUAAGGUUCAUUUACCUUGGAUACGAAGAAGAUAUCAAAAAAUGAAGAUUCCAGAAUCUAAAGAAUAUAUAUCAGGAUUUGUAGGUAGCCCAUUGGUAGAUAUCCCAGGUUUGAAUACAUUCAGUUUGUCAAACACAUUAUUUGGGUUAAUUGUAUUGAUUACUUUAAAGGAUUAUGAUUUUUUUACCACAAUUUUGGAUCAUGAUAGCAUUUCAAGAUUUGUUUCAAGUUGUCAAACUAUUAAUGGAUCUUUCAAGUCCAGUUUAGAUCCUGUCACUGGACUACCAUCUCCUGUGGAUUCUGAUGAUCUUCGAUUUUGCUACAUUGCAGUGGCUAUCUUAUAUUUAACUGGAUGUAGAACUAUGGAUGAUUUUGAAAAGUUCAUUGAUGUUAAGAAUUUACUGAAAUAUAUUAAAGAGCAAGAAUGUACAGUAGGUGGAUAUGGUAAAUUUGACGAACCACAUUCUGGUUAUACCUCAUGUGCACUUGCAACCUUGUCACUCUUGAACUGUACAGAAUUUAUAACAAAUGAAUUCAAGGAGAAGACAUUAUGCUGGUUAUUACAAAGACAAGUCUCAAAUGAAGGAUGUAUGAUAUUACAAGACGAUAAAAAUGCUACAUAUGAUGAAACAGACAACGGUGGGUUCCAAGGUAGAGAAAAUAAGUUUGCAGAUACGUGCUAUUGUUUCUGGUGUCUGAAUUCAUUAAGUAUCUUAACACCAGAUUGGAAAGGAUUAUGUGAUACAGAUUUGGUUAAUUCAUACUUAUUAGAUCAAACUCAAAAUACAAUAAUUGGAGGAUUUUCUAAAACAGAUGAGGAUGACCCAGAUAUAUAUCAUACAUAUCUAGGAAUAGCAGCAUUAAAAUUGAUAGACGGAACUCUUGAUGGACCAUUAUGCAUGCCAAUUUCAUCAUUACAAGAAUUCCUAAAUAAUUCAGGAUAA